AUGCUCCGCAGCCUCAACGACCUCGCAACCCUUGAUUUCGUCCUCCACAUCUCCGCCGGCCCCGUCGCCCCCUGCCGUUCCACCGUCCUCACCUUCACGCACCUCCUCCACUCGCGCUAUAGAUCCAAAUCAGGUCUGGCGUCCUACAUCAACGACCUCGUCCACGUCAGCGUCGUCACCGAUUACGCCAAGCCAAUCGUCGACGAAGUCAUGGCCGUCUAUUGGGUGGCGGACGACUUCACCGGGGUGGUGGUGGUCCCUCCGGGGGCGUCGCUGCGGCUGACGGUGGUGAAGCUGGGGGAGGAGGUGGUCGGGAAGGGGAAGAUUUUGGGGAUUGUGAGGGGGAUGAAUGGGAAAUUCGAUUCGAUUGAGCAACUUACGGUUGGGGAGAAUUUCUCCCCCGGGAUGAGCAAGGGCUUCUCGAUCGCGUCGAUUGCGAUUAUCAAUUGUGUUGGAUGUGAGCUGGAUUGA